AUGAAUCAUGCUUUCCGACGUCAUCGAUUGGACUGCGACUGGGACAUGAAUGGAAGCUGGCAGAUGCGUCGCUCUUUUGGCGAGAGGAAACAGGAAAAGGGUACGCAUCGAGCAUUGAGAAUGAAACCGAGCUCGCGAGAACCUGCAGCGCUUUCCAGUCCACACUCGAGUGAGAGAGAGAGAGAGAGAGUGCAGUGUAUGAAGCAGAAAGUGAGAUCCUCGGGAAUCCCAUGGGACGCACAGAAGCAACGGAACACGCGAAAGCGAAGACGACGACGACGACCUCGACAUAAGCCCGGGCCAGGAAAGGGGAGGGGCAAGAAACAACAACAAUGGCCACUGUUGACUCUCGCCUCUCGCGCUCUCUUACGGGUCCUGGUUCCAUGAGCAGCAGCAGCUGCAGGACAAGCAGUCCGUCAUAAUAAACGUCGCGCUUAAUCGAGCUCAAUCCGAUUGACUUGACUCGACUUGACUUCACUCGCCUCGCGCAUGAGAUUCCGUGUGUCUGAGCUAAACCCUCCUGAGCUCGGGCGCUUUGGACAAAGGCACAUGUGUGUGAGGGAGGGGGAGGCCGAAGAUUUUUUCGCAGCUCGCUCGGUGGCUCUAAUCUGCCGAUUAAUUUACGCUUCGACAGGGAUUGAGCACGUUUUAAUCACUCGCAGAGUUUGUAUUGAUGAUGGAUGAUGGGACGCACUGUGGGCCUGUGGGGCUGCAACUAUUGCCGUCACAUGUCGGACGAAUCAGCUGCCCCGCAGGCGAACGUAAGUGGCGGGGUUGCGAGCACAUUCAAUGGCAUGUCAUGUCCUCCAGCCGAAUCUCCAGUUUUCAAUUCGGGCCUGCGAGCGGGAGCUCGACGGGAGGCAUGGGGGGGGGGGGGGGGGGCAUCCCCGUGAUCCAGUAGUGCCACUGCUGCAUGGCGCUUAGCUGAGCUGAGUUGCUGAGGGAGGGGAGGGAGAUAUAGAGAGAGGGCAGGGAUGACGGAGCUUUGGAAACAGUGCUGCUGCUGCUGCUGCUGCUGGAGAGAUGUCCGGAGAGACCCAAUCAUGGGAAAGCGCAUCGUCGAGGGAGGGGAGGGGGGAGAAUAUGAAGAUGCAAAAUGCUCGAAGGCAUGAAUGAAUGCGCCCGGACCCGGAAAAGCGUCGUCAACGAAAGUCGAUUGAAUGUCGAUGAGACGAAAUCGGCGAGGCCAUGCAAAAAGGGGGCCCCGGACCCCUCGCGGCCAUUGGCCAAGGGGGCGCAAAACAACAAAGUCUACCGUUGAUGUGUCGAGGGGCAGGCAGAUCUUUUGGCCCUCGGCGCACAAACGGUUUGAAUGCGUCCAUGUGUUCUACGGCCGGACAUGCUCCCUCCCCUUUCCACUGUGUCUGUGUGCGCGAGCCUCUGUCAGGACCUCGCAGCCGAACCAGCCCCCUCCCCCCAUCCCUCCCUCCCUCUCUCCCUCCCUUCCUUCACUCGCUCGCUUAUCACAUGGCAGUUUGUCUGCACAUCCGAUUGUCGUUCACUGGCCCUCCUCCUCCUCCUCCUCCUCCCCCCUCACUGAGCUUCCCUCCCCACGCUGGUCAAUGCCCCCCCUCCUUCCCCCAUCCCCUACCCCCUUUCCUCUUACCCCUUACCCCUUAGCCCUUAGCCCCGUUCCCCCUUCCCAUUUACCCUUACCCCUUAGCCCUUAGCCCCGUUCCCCUUUCCCCUUCGCCAUUUAGCCCUUAGCCCUUAGCCCCUAGCCCCGUUCCCUUCCCCAUUUCCCCUUACCCCUUAGCACUAUGGACCGCCCAUGGCAGCAGGCAGCCUCUGUGUGUCUCUGAGUGUCUGAGACCUCGCGGUGACGGGUAUGGUGGAGGGGAGGAGUGCCGCUGCUCGGGCCUGACCGAGAGCCGACUUUCAUUCAAUCGCGUCGUCAUCUUGAAGGGGGAGCAACUUUUGCUGGCUGGGUGGGAGGGGGGGAUGGGGGAUGGGGGAGCACAUGGGCCUGUUGUCGUGCGGCUCCAAUGGAAAUUCGAUCAACUGCUUUGGACGGUUGAAAUCUUCAACAGGACGGGACGGGACGGGACGGGAGGGUGAUGGGAGCUAGAGCAGCAGCUACAUUCCAGGGUCGUGUUCGGGAGCGGAGAAGUCGGGACUAGCCCAUACCUCCGCCACUGGGAAGACUUGAAGGCGCCAGAAAGAGGAGGAGGAGGAGGAGGGGCGGGGCUACUCCAUUUCGACUCAGAAGCGUGAUCGGCCGCGGGCUAUUUGCGGACGGGCGUCGUAUUGCUCGACGCGGGCGAUGGCGUCAAAGUUGGUGAUCCGAACACCUUUCGCCAAUCGACCGGAUCUGCGAGCGAGGGCGAUCGCCUUUUCGCCUUUUCUCAAACGCGGCCGUCGAUGAAUGGAUCGAGGGCGGGCGAAAGUGGACUUUGCUUCCCUCGCUCCCUCGCUCCCUCGCUCCGGCGCAUUUCAAAAGGCAAAAGCGGGCCGAGUUUGUCAUGUCCCAUGUUGGCCCGGCCCCCCCUCCCCCUCCCUCCCCAACUUGGCGUGCUUUCUUCCUUUAAAGCCAAAGCUGCGCCCCGCCGGUUCACGAGCGCCAUAGCCUCCUAGGAUCUUGACCCGGGCAACGGGCAAAAGGCCAUGGCUCUGUGUGCGCCUCUGCGCCUCGGACUUGUGUCGUAGUGUCUGUCGGCUUUUGAAAUUCCUUGCAAAUGGAAUUUCAGAAUGUUUUUCGGGAAUUUUAGAGCGGUUGCCUGGAGUUCUGUUCUCGGCGCCCUUGAGCUUAGGGUCCGGCCGGAUCCGCUCAUGAUUAAAGCUGCCAUCUCACCUUCAACGAGUGAAGUGGACGACCCCACUCCACAACCUUUCCUGUGAUUGUCUUUCGUGUCGUCUGCUUCCCGCCACGCUCUCAGGUUCGGUCCAUUUUCUUUGUCCCU